CCGAUUGUUUUUCAAGCAAUCUGAUAUAGGUCUCGAGUAGUUGCAUAGCCCUGUACGAACUGUUUUAAUGCGGCAUACAAACUGCUUUAAUGCAGCGGUUUGGUUGCUCUGACCCAUUAAAACGCUAAUAAUAGAGGGGAGGACAGGACUCUUGAAGCUGGUGAGGCAAAGGCCAAUACAGGACCUUGAAAGGAGGUUCUUUCAAGACGAUGACUUCGCGUCGUCCGAAGGGUUUUGAACAGCCCAAGUCUCCUCAUUUUUUCAAGAUCAUACUCUCCCCCGAUACCCUUCUGAGCGGAAAGCUUGAGAUACCAAAGAGGUUUCUGCAGAGACAUGGUAGUGACCUCGCUGGCUCAGUGUUUCUCAAGGUUCCAAGAGGUACAAUACUUUGGCCAGUGGAGAUGGAGUGGAGUGAUGGCAUGGCUCGGCUUGGCCUAGGCUGGCAGAAGUUCACAGACUAUUACUCCAUUGGUUUUGGCCAAUUACUAGUUUUCAGAUACGAACCAAGCUCCAUCUUUCAUGUUGUGAUCUUUGACACGAGCGCUUCAGAGAUUGAAUAUCCUACGGAUCCUGUGAUCAUGGACAAAUCAGAACCGGAAUGUGAAUUUAUUCUGCUCAAGAAGGAAGAAACUGAUAAUAUCUCAGCCAAAAUCUCAGAGGAUUGUCGGCCUAGCCCAAAAUUUAGGAAAAAAUCAAAGUCAGCAUUGGCUUCUAAGGUGAACUCUGGCAUGAUCAGAAAUUCUGCAAGCAGAGCAAGCCCUGCUACACCGGUUGCUCGUACAUGUAAUGUGCCAUGUCCUGCUGCUCUUGAAAUGGCACGAGAUUUCAAAUCGAAGCAUCCCAUGUUCAUACUCGUGGUGUACCCUAGUUAUAUUAAAGGUUCCACUCCGAGUGUAUCAUCCAAAUUUAUGCGGACACAUAUCAAGAGAAGCGUGCAGGUCGUGACACUUAAGCACAACAAGGAUUCAUGGCCGGUGAAGUUAAUCAAGCCUCCGGGGGACCAUGGAAAGUUAUCUCAAGGUUGGUUUGCGUUUGCAAGAGCAACUUCUCUGUGUGAAGGGGACGUUUGUGUGUUCGAACUAACUAAGCUGAGUCCCACUGUGCUUGAAGUGUCAAUCUUCAAGAAUUCUGAUUACACUUAGGAGUGGUUUACUGCCACCAUUACGCUUGGCAUCAUUUUAGAGAAUGAUAUCCGUAGUGUUAUCAGCUAGACAUACAACGUUACCAAGUUUUUCUUUCUUGUUUUUAGUGUCUUUUUGAUGACAGAUGGAUCUGUAAAUUGAAAUGUCCCGAGAACUGAGCUUUAGCGAUGGUGAAUGAAAGUGGUUGUAAAAUUUUCUAGUUA